CCAACCUCUCUCUAAACAUCCCAGAAACAUUUCCUCCUCCUUCUCUCUUCAUUUCUCAACCCCAAAUCAUCAACCCAUCUUCAACCAUAACUAAUCACUUUCUCAUCCAAGAUUAAGUCAAGAUUAGCAUCAAAGCUCCAAGGAUUGUCAUCAAUCACAAGUUGAGGCUAGAGGCCUACUACCUGCACCUUUGCCUAGGGUGAUUGAUCGAGAAGGAAGACGUGAAAUGGAGGGUGGACGCUGGAUUAUUAGGAGGAACCCGACAGGGCAUGUGCCGGGGGCCACCGGGCAUGCCACUCGGGCGGAAUCACGGACCUCUAGGGGUAGAGGCCGGGGCCAAAGCCGAGGAGGAGGCCGAGGCAGGAGUCGUGGGCGUUCUACAACGCCGACGGCAAGUAGCACGCGUGUCGGUUCUGUUCACCCAUCUAGGGCCACCGAACCGGACGAUUUCACAUAUGCUCCAAGCACGGAGCAAGAGGAGACCCCGAACAACGGGGAGGACUUUGAGGAAGAAGAGGAGGAUGAUGAUCCUCAUUAUGACCGUAUGAGUGAGGUACUAGAAUGGUACCUUGAGAAUAAAGCAAAGAGAGAGCAGCGGCGCCAAGCUAGACAGGCUAGGCAAACCAUGGGGCAGGGAAGCCGAGGUGCUUCUAGUGCUCCAUCGGGAGCAUUUGGGGGAGACACGAUGGUGCGUAUCUCCAAGUACCUCAAGGAGGCCAGGGCCUUGGGGUGCAAAUCAUUUGAUGGCAAGGGCGACAUAUCUGAGGCCUCCGACUGGAUUAAGAAGCUGAAUGAUGCUUCUAGGGACAUGCAAAUUGCACUCGACGUGAAGUUGAGGGUUGCCACCAGGCUACUAGAAGGGGUAGCUGCUGUAUGGUGGGAAGGCGUGGAGGGAAAGUUCCACGGUGAGGCCACUUGGGAGAAAUUCGAAGUGGAGUUCUAUAAUCAGUACUACUCAACUUUUGAAGUCAAUCUCAAAAGAAGAGAGUACACGAACCUGAAACAGGAGGAUGGUUGCUCGGUGAGGCAAUUGGAACAAAGGUUCCGUGACUUGGCCCGAUUCAUCCCCGAAUACUCUUUGGAUGAAAAUCGUAUGGCCAAUCAUUUUUGGGAUGCUCUACAGUUGGACAUCCGUGACCGGGUCACGUAUCAUCAUAACAUGACAUUUAGCCAGAUCGUUGAUCAAGGGCUCCUUGGGGAAGCCCAAUGGAACGAGAGGAAGUUGAGGGACGCCGAGGAGGCGAAGAAGAGAAGAUGGGGAAACUCUGGACCCCAAGACCACUCCCGGAAGCAUCACGCUGGGAGUGGCAAUUCAUUCAGGGCGCCGACACCACCAGUGAAAAGGAAUAAAGGCUCAGGAGGGCAAGGGGCCAAACCAGGGAGUACGUGGUCACCGAGGUGCGCGAAUUGCGGCAAGAACCAUGCGGGGAAGUGCAAUGAACCACCCCGGUGUUACAAAUGUGGUAGCACGAGUCACCUGAAAUCCUCUUGCCCAAUGUUGAAUGGAGGCGGUCCAUCGGGGGCCAUUGAAGGACCUACGGCUAGUAGGGGACGUGCGGGACCGCCUCAGGCCGGCACCGGAAGGGGCGGACCCACGGCUAGCAAUGUCGCGUCUGUUAACCAAGGCAGAACCCAGGCACGAGUGUAUGCAAUGACCGAGGAGGAUGCGCGAGCAAACCCGGACUCCGUUGCAGGUUGAGGCUAGAGUCCUACUACCUGCACCUUUGCCUAGGGUGAUUGAUCGAGAAGGAAGACGUGGUUCGUGCUUCCAUUCUUAUUUCAAAUGUAUAAACUGCUCAUGGAUUUUUUGAACAAUGUUUUCAUUAAUACAGUUGGGGGCCUGCGUACCCGUGUUUGCCACGUGUGGCUAAGUAUCAAACAUAUUAUUAUUUCCGCAUUUGUUUGAUUAUGAUAUUGAUGUUGAUUGUAUGUGUUUACUAAUCGGUUUGGCAAUUGAAUCAAUCGGAC